GCGGUGGCCAGAGCGGCGACGACGACGGCGGCGACGACUACGACGACGACUACUACUACGGGCUCAUCAUAUGAGAAGAGCACUAACAUGGCUUCAUCGAAUCACCGCGGCAUACAGAUUGGUUCCGCAUGGUUUCAGCGAAAGAUCAACCUACGGCCCCAGCACCGGGGGGUGCACCUGGUGACGGAGGAGAUCCUACGGCAAAUGCCGGAGUUGGGCCAGUUUUCGGUCGGACUGUGCCACGUUCAAAUUUUGCACACAUCGGCUAGUUUAGCACUCAACGAAAGUUGGGAUCCCGACGUACGAGAUGAUAUGGAAAUGAUGCUGAAUAAAAUAGUGCCCGAAGGCUUACCAUAUAGGCAUUCCUGCGAAGGUCCCGACGACAUGCCUGCACACGUUAAAGCCUGCUUCCUCGGAAGCUCCCUGACAAUCCCCAUCACGGACGGUAAACUGUCACUCGGUACGUGGCAGGGCGUCUGGCUGUGCGAACAUCGAGACCACGCAGGCUCCCGGAAGCUUGUGAUAACGCUUUCCGGUUGCCCUCGGGACUCAGCCCGUAGCCCACUUUCGCCAGUAUCACCGAUCGCUUCCACCUCCAGUUAGGGAAGGCCGCGCUCUGCUCGCGAUAGUCGGUAAUCGUGGGUUAGAGCGGCUUUCUGCUGUAAAGCCAUAAACUACUGUCCAACUACCACAGAAGAAACAGCAACAACAACGGCAAUUUUAACCAAAACAGCGACAACCACAAAACCAGUAACAUCAACAGCAACAAAUUCAACUUAUGCUACCAGUAAUGCUACUACUACUACCAUUAUUACAUUAAAAAAUAAUGCUACUUAUGACACUACUACUAUUAUUCCCAGAACCACUAGUACAUCUAUUACUACCGCAAUUAACGAUUGCAAAUCUGCGUAAGAUAAGCAAAUGCCCGGAUCCGACGUGCAAAUUCGGAAUAAAAAUCAGACAGAAAAAGAGAAAACCAAAAAGAGUCCAACGAGCAGACAUCAGUCGAAAGAAGGACCCCUUUAUUCUUUUUAUUUUCAAUUCAUCAAAAAUCAUCGGUCGCGUUCGGCCACCGACGGGUCAUAGCUAAUUGGUAAAUAAAACGUUACUAAAAUACAUUUUUCCCCCAAAAGAAAGGGUGGGGCCUGACUCGAAAGAUUGAACUUAUCGAAAAAAGCAACAAAUUUUAAUGAAAAGAAAAUCCUUCAGCUCUC